CUAUUUGAGUGGGUCGACGGACCUCUGGUUCAGGCAAUGCGUCAGGGGGACGCGAUGCUUCUCGACGAGAUAUCCUUGGCGGAUGACUCCGUUUUAGAGCGCCUCAAUAGCGUGUUAGAACCGGGUCGAACAAUUGUAUUGGCAGAGAAGGGCGGCGAAGAUAUUGACCAGCCUGUCGUCAAAGCUGCUGAGGGUUUCAAGCUCGUUGCGACCAUGAACCCCGGAGGGGACUACGGCAAGAAGGAGCUAUCCCCUGCUUUGAGGAACAGAUUUACGGAGAUUUGGGUCCCGCCUGUCAGCGAGCGUCGUGACCUCGAGCAGAUAAUCGACAAC